GCGCGAGAGUUGGUUGUGUAAUAUCGCGAGAGUUCAGUGGACCACGAUGCUCUGGGUGUGUGUGGAUCACGACUCUUUAGUUCAUUCAGAAGUUUCAACCGAUGCGAUCGUUCACCUGGUGAACUUGUCUCUCUGUGUUAAGAGUCUUUCGAACGAGGGGGGAAGUUCGGUUUGUAGGAUUCAAUCGAGGUGAUGGUGUGUGAGCUCACUCUUCUACCAUGAGUGCCCUGUUUGCCUGCGAGGACCCAGCGUCAUGGAGGAGUGUGUAUGACAAGUACUGGGAUGUAGUGGAGGCCAAGGCCAAAAGCAAGAAACCUGGAAAGCUGCUGAACCUUGACAAGUGGUACCAACAGGAGCUACCCACGCUCAUUUCAGGACGACUCGACAAACACAUCUCUCUGUCAGAGCUGGUGAAACUGAUGGAGUGGAAGCUCACGAGAGGGAAGUUCAGGCCGAGGCUGCAGCAGCUGGUGGCGUCCAACAGUGAGGAUGCCGUGGAGAAGUGUUCCCUGAAGGCCUUCAGCCUCCUACCUGAUGUGCAGGCAGCGAUCGCACAGCUCAGCUCCCUGAAAGGAGUCGGGCCAGCCACCGCUUCAGCGGUGUUGGCGGCAGGAGCUCCAGAACAGACAGCAUUCAUGUCCGAUGAAGCCAUGGAGAGUGUCCCAGGACUAAAGCCCAUCCAGUACACAGCCAAGCAUUACUCUCUGUACCUGGGCAAGAUGGUUGAGCGUACUGCAAAACUAAACAAAGUGGAUCCCCAGCAGGACUGGACGCCCCACAGGCUGGAGGUGUGUUUGUGGGCGAUGACCAUAGCUACUCAGCUGCAGCUCUCACUUGUAAAGGAUGUUGAUGUGAAGGGAAGUGGCGUGGCAGCAAAGUGCUCAGACCCCGUCACUGACCAGAGACCAACAAAGAAGCUCAAAACACGAUGAAAUUCCGACUAUUACAAUAUAUUGAAAUUUAUAUCAAA